AUGAAGUUUGAUUACGACCCAGCAUCAUUUUCCAAAACUACCUAUAACAUUAGUGGAAUAGCAGUCCACGUGUACAAUAGUGAUGUGUUAGUUCCAUACAUUCAAUCUUUCAACAAAUCGCUGGUUCAUAUUGAUGAAAUUCCCAUUAACAUCAUUUACUUGUUACAUCCUCGUGGUGUGAGCUAUAAGCUCACUGAAGCUAUUGGCUACAAUAUCUUGAGCCAAGUUGAGCAAAAGAGGCAACAACACGGUGGAGUCCCAUUGAUCUGUGUUACUUUUGAUUUAAGAAACCAUGGUGAAAGGACAAUUGAUGCGUCCAAAAACGAGGAUUGGUUACAGGGUAAUAAAACACACGGAAUAGAUAUGAUUAGUUCGAUUAUGGGUAAUGUACAAGAUUUGAAAUUAAUUAUUGAUUUCUUACCAGAUUACUUGAAUUUGGAGUCUUAUUUGACCGAUGAAUUCAAAUCUAAGCAUCAGCAUUACAAUAUCAAGCACCGCAACAUCAUAUCGGGUUAUUCGUUAGGUGCACAUACUGUUUAUCGUUUUGCAAAUGAGUAUCCUGAGUUGGUAUAUGCUAUCAAUCCAGUUAUUGGUUGUGUUGAUUUGACUAGCUUAUUGAUCAAUCGACUUAAGCAAAAUGAUUUGUCAAGUGACGACUAUGAUAAGAGAUGGUUUUAUUACAACUACGACGAGUUGCACUUGUCUCCUGAACAACAAAAAACCGAGUAUCCAGAGCAUUUCCACAAAUUGUUAUCUAAGCAAGAUGAAUCAAUAUGGGAAAAUUUUGCCAUGAGUUCCAUAAAGAUGUAUGCUAGUUUUGGUCAAGAGGACAAAUUGGUCCCAUUCAAAUUAAGUUCAGUUUGGUGCGAUUCUUAUUUGAACACUAAUGAUGAUACAGAAAUUGUUGUUUAUGAAGGAGUUGGGCAUGAUAUUACCGAGAAAAUGAUUGAUGAUUUUACCACCUGGUUGGUUAAACAAAUUUAA